GGACCCUGGCAUUCCAGCUGUUUGCAGCAUGUGCCUCUCUUUGCAAGAGGAAGAAGAGGAGGAGGCUUUGCAGGUCCUGUGCUGCAUGGACUUUUUCCUGCUUAAUGUUCAAGGAUUGGACCCUCAUCUUCCAUUGAUGGUUGGAUCGCUUACUCAAUAAAGCGGACAUUUCAUCUGCUUGCUUCUCCAUCAUGUUUGGCUCUUCCAGGGGCGGCGUAAGAGGAGGGCAGGACCAGUUCAACUGGGAAGAUGUGAAGACAGACAAACAAAGGGAAAAUUACCUGGGGAAUUCCUUGAUGGCUCCAGUGGGUCGGUGGCAGAAGGGCAAGGACCUGACCUGGUAUGCCAAGGGGAAGAAAGACGAUGCUCCCCUCUCCAGGGAGCAGGAGUUGGCCGCCGUCCGACAGGCUGAGGAGGAAGCCAUGAUGGCAGCUUUGGGUUAUAAGACUGUGAAGAAGCAGCCAACAGGACUGAGUAAAGAGGAUCUUGCUGAAGUCUGUAAGCGUGACGCUGCGGAACGUGACGAGAAAGGGGUGGAUCGUGUCUUGGGCCUGGGGAGUUCAAGGAGCGCCGGGGGCAGGAUGAUGUUUUCCAAAGAAGACAAAGAAGCUGCCAAACUGGGCCUUUCGGUUUUUACACAUCAUCGGGUGACCAGCAGUCCGGAGGUUUCAGCUACUAAAAGGAAACCGGAGAAGGAGGAGGAAGCCAAAGAACAAGACCCAGAGGUCAGCAAGAAAUCCAAAAAGAAGGAGAAGAAGAGAAAGAAGAAAAAGCACAAGAAAGAGAAGAAGAAGGAGAAGGAGAAACACCAGAAGAAGAAAACUACUUCAUCUUCUUCCUCCUGCUCUUCUCCAGAUGACAGGGAAAGAAAAAAGCAACCUCCUCUGUCUCCAGAGCGCCAUCCAUCCUCCUCCCAAAGGGAUGGAGCCAACCUCCAUGGUAGACAUCCAUCAUCUGCUGGAGAAGAUCAGAAAGGGAGCAGUAGGUGGCACCACAACCCAGUUUCUUCUGGCAGCAUGGAGAAAGUGUCCCCCCACCAUGGCCAUCGCCCAGCAAGGUCACAUUCUCCCAAGCUUGGAAAGAGGAAAGGUCAGAGCGGCAGCCCCAGAUGGUCCCCAUCUCCAAGAGGCAAAGAAGGUCAGAAAAGGAGGAGGAGCCCAUCACCCAGAGCCAAAAGAAGGCACGACACAGAUUCGGAUGACUGAAUCCUUGUUUGAAACGGAAGAAGAUGCUCCGAUCUUCUGCCCUAAAUGGACCCUAUGCCAGGUGCUGAACUGGGUUCUGUAAAGAUCUGCUGCUCCUUUCCAAGUUGAGCUUUUAAAAUGUACUUUCAACUAGGAGCAGGAGGAUGCAAGAAUGCAUAAAGCAACCUUGAUAAACAUGUAUAGCUAGAGGCCCAUGUAAAACACAGGUCAGAUUCUUUGCAGCUGGCGUAAGCACUUAGGAGAAGUUGAACCAAGUGUUUUGCAAUGCUAGAAGCCGGUUUUUGAGUUACACGGAGCUCUUAUUCAGACAGAUACAGUGUGGUUUAGGCCUUAGGUUGGUGUUAAACGUCUGGAUCAGCUCUGUUCUUUCACAUAUAUUUUAAUUUAAAAAAUGAUGUAAUGUUGAUCUGUUCUAAACCGCACACGCUUUCUUUUUUGAAAAAAUGCUCCAAAGUUGGGAUCUAUAGGGUGGGCUCUAUAGUUAGUAGGAUCUAUAGAGUCUUACCAUUAGGGCUCAUACAGGUUGAGUUUCUCUCACACAAAAUGAUUGGGACCAGAGGUGUUUGGGAUUUCAGUAUUUUUGUGGAGGGAUUUUGGAAUAACGAUAUUCAUCAUUAGAUGUCGUGGAGAUGUGACCCAAGUCUAAACACAAAAUUCAUUCAUGUUUCAUACAGACUUUGUGUAUGAAGGUAGUUUUAUAUGAUAAUAAUUUUCUGGCUGAAACAAAGUUUCUGUACAUCAAACCUUCAGAAAGCAAAGGAUCCAUGAUCUCAGCCACUCGUGUACAGUUUUGGAAUACUUUGGAUUUCAGAAUUCCAGAUAAGGGAGACUCAACCUGUACAUGAUUACAAAGAAGAUGGUUAUCAAGCUUGUAUCUCCCUUGAUAAAUAUUCAGUAGUCCAGUUCAAAAGCAACAAGGAAUCUUGUGGUGUCUUAAAGGGUAAUCUAUCCUUGCAGUGGAGAGUUUUACUUAGAGGCAUGAAGUGUAAGCCUCAACAGGUUGGCAUUAUGCCUAUGUAGAAGAUAAUGCAUUUAACAGUGUGGGUUCUGACUGUCAUAAGCCUGAGUCAGGGUGCAUCUAUACUGUAGAAAUAAUGCAGUUUGAACCCACUUUGAUCGCUGUACCUCUAUCCUAUGGAACCCUAAGAUUUGUAGUUUUACAAGGUCUUUUAGCCUUCUCUGCCAAAGAGCUGGUGGCUCACCAAACUAUCAAUUCCAGGGCUCUGUAGGAUGGGGCCAUGACAGUUAGUGGUAUCAAACUGCAUUAUUUCUACAGUUUAGAAGCACCCUUGGUAACUAUUAGUUUUCCCAGGGCUGAUUGUUCUCUGUUGCAAAAUUACAGGCAAACACAGCUCUCUCUUCUUGUCUCCUUUAUCUUAUCAAGGAGUGGAUUCCCAUCAGAGGCACAAUCCAGUCCCACUUUGAGUGCAUCUUAAAUCCCAUUUUGAGAAAAAGGCAGAAUAUAAAUCCCUUAAAUAAAUAAAACCUUCCCUUAUUCCUGUGAACACCUAUAUCGCCAGCCUCAAAAGUUCAUUGCUUGCUUUUCUCGCUCUUCAGUCUCCUCCUUUGUACUUGUGUGACGGGUUUGUCAAAUCUUGUCAAGUGCCCUUUGUCAUGUGUUGCCCUUAGCAUUAUUUCUGUUUUUAAAAUGUUUUUUAGGUUUUUAUUCUAUUGGCAAGUGUUUGUACAAUUAAAAUAGAACUGAGCUUUAAAAAAGGCCUGUGAAAACCCGAAAACAUGCUUCGAUCUUUGCUUUGAAGCUCAAUUUAACUUAUUCACAGCUGUUCCCUCUGUGCAUCUAAGGAACAGAUGAAGUCUACAAAAACUUACACUACAAUUGCUUUUGCACAGUUAGUCUCAAAGGUGCUACAAGAUCCCUUUGCAUGCUGGUGUUCCAG